CCUCCUCCGACAAUGGCCUCGACUGACUUCUCGCCCAUCGAGCCCUCGGUCCUUGAGGCGAACGCCAACGGCGUCCUGCUCUUCAGCAAGUGGGACCCGUCCGAGGUCGAGGUCAAGGACAUCUCCCUCACCGACUACAUCCAGGUCCGCAACCCGGUGCUCCUCCCGCACACUGCCGGCCGCUAUGCGACCAAGCAGUUCCGCAAGGCCCAGAUGCCCAUCGUCGAGCGCCUCGUCAACAGCCUCAUGAUGAACGGCCGCAACAACGGCAAGAAGCAGAUGGCCGUCCGCAUCGUCGCCCACGCGUUCGAGAUCGUCAACCUCCUCACGGACCAGAACCCGAUCCAGGUCCUCGUCGACGCCAUCGUCAACACUGGCCCCCGCGAGGACUCGACCCGCAUCGGCUCGCAGGGCACCGUCCGCCGCCAGGCCGUCGACGUCUCGCCGCUCCGCCGCGUCAACCAGGCCGUCUCGCUCAUCACCAUCGGUGUCCGCGAGUCGUCGUUCCGCAACGUCAAGAGCAUCUCCGAGUGCCUUGCCGACGAGCUCAUCAACGCCGCCAAGGGCUCGUCGAACUCGUACGCCAUCAAGAAGAAGGACGAGCUCGAGCGUGUCGCCAAGUCGAACAGGUAAACGCCUCGCAGCGUUUGCUUGCCACGUCUCGACUCGGAGGAGAAGGAGGAGGAGCGAGAGCGGUUGCUCGAGCGACUCGUCGGUCGAGCAGGGCUCAAGAGGAUGUAUCUUUUACCAGGAGUCUCGAGCCUGCGCCUGUACUGGAACCUCUCUCUUUCCUCCUC